GGAGUGAGUAUUUCUCCUCUGACAUUUCCUUUCUCUCCUUAACAGAUGUGGACCGGAGCAGCAGCAGCAGCAGCAACAACAACAUCAAUGAUGGCGCACUGCUCUACCUCCUCCUCCCUAAACCCAUCAAAUCUCUUCUCUCACCCUACUUUCCGCACAAAAACUUUGUCAAUCCCUAGAUUAUGUUCACUUUCUUCCAUUCGUAUACCCCAAUCCCACUGCGCCACCAACCGGAGUUCCCUCCGUCGUCUUCCGGUGGUCGCCGGAGCAGUUGCCGUUGACUCUCAGGCCUCGUACACCGACGAGAAAGAAGGGAAGAAACUUCUUCUCGAAGUUAAGGAUCUUACCGCUGUUAUUACUGAAUCUCAGCAAAAGAUUCUCAAUGGAGUUAAUCUUACUGUUUAUGAAGGAGAGGUCCAUGCAAUCAUGGGGAAGAAUGGUUCUGGGAAGAGUACAUUCUCAAAGGUUCUUGUAGGUCACCCAGAUUAUGAAGUUACUGGAGGGACUGCGAUUUUCAAAGGUCAAGACCUACUUGAGAUGGACCCAGAGGAAAGGUCCCUUUCAGGUAUAUUUAUGAGCUUCCAGUCACCAGUUGCGAUUCCUGGAGUGAGUAAUGCAGAUUUUUUGAAUAUGGCAUAUAAUGCUCGACAAAGAAAACUUGGUCUUCCAGAAUUGGGUCCUAUAGAGUUCUUUAGCCACGUAUAUAGCAAGCUUGAUCAGGUGAACAUGAAGAUGGAUUUUUUGAAUAGAAAUGUUAAUGAAGGAUUUAGUGGUGGAGAAAGGAAACGUAAUGAGAUUUUACAGCUUGCGGUUUUGGGGGCUGACUUGGCUAUACUAGACGAAAUUGACUCUGGGCUAGACGUUGAUGCACUUCAAGAUGUAGCAAGAGCAGUGAAUGGUCUGUUGACACCAAAUAAUUCUGUGUUGAUGAUCACUCACUAUCAGCGUCUUCUGGAUUUUAUAAAGCCUGCUUAUAUUCAUAUUAUGGAAAAUGGAAGAAUUGUGAAGACAGGAGACAUUUCUCUCGCAUCAUUCCUGGAAAAGGAGGGGUACAAGGGAAUAACAGCUGCAUAAACAAUCUUCAUAUGGAUGAAUUAACAUCUCAAGGUAUCGAGAUUCAAAUUCCAAAAAGGCCGGACAAUUUUUUUCUCGCCUCUCUCUCGUUCUGUCCACCUUUCAGCCAUUAAAGCUUAGUUGCAGCUCAAUUUCAAGGUUCCGUCAAUGUCACUGGUUCAAGCAUAUUCCUUCUUUUCUAUCCUGAAUUCUCUUCUUUCCAGCAUGUUCGAAAAAUUUCAAGGCUCCGGCAAAUGUCACUAGCUCAAGCAUGUUGUAUCUUUUUUUUCCUAUUUCAGUCUUCAAUACAUAGUUGCUAAAAAUAAAUCAAACCAAAAGAACACAAUAUCAUUCAGAAAUACGCCAAGGUUGGCAUAAGCAGCUCGAAAAAUUUGUUGAAGCUGGGAAGUAAGAGCUUAAAUUUAGAAAUUCAAUCAAUGGCAGAGGUGAUGGUGGCUGCAGGCCUGCAGUGGCAGCCUUUUCAAAUCACAAAUUUAUUUAUUUUUGGGGAUUCUAGAGUUAGGGUUUGAAUUGUUUGAUUUCAUUGACAUUAGAUUUUAUGCUUAAAUGAAUUAUUUUAGGGUUUCCAUGAAUUUAUUGUCCAUAUAUCUGACCAAUCAAAUAAUUAUGUAUAUAGUUGAAACUUGAAAAUGUCAGUUCCAAAUUUUCAAUUCCACUCAAUU